AUGAAGUCGCGGCACGUGGCCCUGCUGCUCGCCGCCGCCGUCUUCGCGGCCGCCGUCUCCGUCACCGCGGCGAACGUGGUCACCCUCCUACUCCACUCCUCCGACACCUUCCCUGUCGAGGACACGGCUGGCAUGGAGGGCGUCGAGGCGGACGCGGCGACGAUCGCCGACCACCAGCGCUACUUCUUCUUCCAGUCCAUGUCCACCGUCGGCGCGCUCCUCCUCCUCGUCGUGCACGGGCCCGGCCCCCUCUCCGCCGAUGAGCAGGACGGACCCCUCGAGUUUGCGUCCGAGAAGACGGUGGUUGCCAAGCUUCUGAUCGUCGCGACCUUUGUCGAGGACGCGCUGCGCGUGCUCUUUACCUUUGGGGUACAGCAGCAGUCGAUGGAGAUCGCCGGGUGGACCUCUCCCGCGCUGCACACGCUGUUGCCGCUGCUGUCGCUCGCCGUGCAGUCGUGCGGCGCGCUGCUCGUGCUGGCGUCUUCGGGCGUGGGCGGAGAGGUGGGCUGCUACCUGCUGCUCGGCUG